AUGGAUAAGAUUUUAUUUAAAGGACUAGAUCUCAAACAAAAACCUAAGAAACCAAGAUCAUACAAAAUAUUAAAUUUUUCUGGUCACAUCCCCUCAAAAUUGUUUGAUAAAGAGUAUCAAAAUAUCAUUUAUACUUUUUUGAAAUCUAAAACAAAUGUAUUGAUAGAAAAUUAUUUAUUUUUUGAUAGGAUUGUAAACACAAUAGAAACACUAAAAUUUUGUCAUUACAAAAAUGUAUUAAUACUUUCUAACAGUAAAUAUAAUACUUCUUAUACAGUAAAAAGACCAUAUGAUAGCAUUAAUUUUACUGAUUAUUUCUAUGUUGUUAUGGAUGAUUGUUUUUUAGAAUGUAACGUUCCUUUUAUUAUAUUAAAAACCAAUAUAACUAAUGUUUUUAAUAUCCCUACAAUAAAGUUUAUUUACAGACACAGGUUUAUUAAUGGAACGAAAAACAAACUUAAGCAUCUUGUUCUUGAUCAAUUAGUAAAUGAUGUAAAUGAAACAUUAAUAUACACCAAAGAUAAAACAUUACUAGCAAGUAGAUAUAAAAACUUUAAAUUUGUUAAUGAAGAUAGUACAAUUUUUAAAUGUAAAACAUUUAUUUUUUACGAUCUUUUUGAAGAUGUAAAUGACAUUUUAGAGAAAAUCGAAUGGUGCGACGCUCUUACAAUUUUUACAAUUUACGUUACAGAAGAAAAAGAAGAAGUCAAGGCAUAUAUUAGUAAAAUACAAAAAUAUGUAACAAUAGAUAAAGAAAUACUAGAGUUUAUUAAUAAAGAAUGA